UUCACCCGGAUCCUGAAGUCUGAAGAUCACGCAAGUACUCUGGAUGUGUUUGAAGACGGGGAACCGGUGGAUCCGGGCAAGCAAUCGGUGCUGGGUCGCAGAUCAUAUAUCGAUGACAUCCUGAUUCCCGCCAAUAACUGGGAUCAACUAUGCGAUCGAGUCGAAGGUUUACUCGAAGCGUGUGAUAAGUGGAAUCUGUCGAUCAGUGUGGUCAAGAGUUUCUGGGGAAUGCCUAAGGUGGAAUAUAUAGGUCACAAGGUCUCUUACAAUGGACUGGAGGCGAAUCCGACGGAUCUGUCGGCACUAACUGAUCUAGCUUUUCCAGGACUAUUCGAUUAUGCGUCAGUUCUGCAUGAAUUGCGAGAAAUCGACUUUGCUGCGAUGAUGAAAGAGGCUACCCAAGCGCAGAUCCAGCAAGUGUUGGAGGUGGAGAACGUGGAUCACGGAUCGCAGGAAGGUGGGGUGGUCAACCACCGAAAGACUUUGGAUCUGGAGGCGACAGAUCUUACUGAGGUGGAUCCGCGUUGGAUCCAUGCCCAUCGGUCCUUCAGGGUGCUUAAGACUAAGAUCGCUGCUACUCCGAUCUUACGGCACUUUGAUCCAGAUCGGAGAGCAGAUCGGAGAGCCACGGUCGUGGUGUAUGCUAGUGAUUGGGCCAUCUCAGGAUCACUGAUGCAGGAAUACGACCAGAUCUACUAUCCCGUGAUGUUUGCGAGCCGUACGCUGAAAUCGAAUGAGCUGAAUUACGGAAUCGCAGAGAAGGAGGUACUAGUCCUUCUAAGAAUCCUGGAUCUUAACUACAAUGCAUUGGUCGGACGUCCGAUCUAUGUGUUGACCCGACACUCUACUUUGGCGUGGCUCUUCAGAUCCACAGCCCUACAAGGACGUCUGGGACAGUGGGGCGCUCUGUUGUCGCCUUGGACUCUCGAGAUCACCAAGUGUGUCAAUGGAGAGGACGAGAUCUUAGGAGCAUUGGCAGCCAGUAUUCCCCCUAGAUCCGAAGUGGAUAAGGCAUUGAUCUCGAUUGCCCCUAAAAAGGAGCCAAGACGCAAGAUCCAAGCUCCGAUCCCCACUAUUGGACGCGACGAGGAUCUAUACGUCGUUGAUUUCGAUGGAUCUGCCCGUAUCAAGAGAGGUGGAGGCGCCUACAACGCGAUCUUGUGGAAGCUGCCUGAAUGGAGGGUGUUGAAGGCUAGAUCUGGGUACGCCGAAGGCUUGACGGUGAACGAGGCGGAAUAUCAUGGAUUGUUGCUAUGUUUGGAUCUGUUGGAAGAUCUGGAGCCACGACGCCGGGUGAUCUGCGGAGACUCAAACCUGGUGAUUUGCCAAGUACGAGGUGAGAUCGACUGCAAGACCCCGGGUUUGACACUGUUGCGCCAGCGGGCUUUGGAUCGACUCCGCGUUUGGCCGGGUCACGAGCUAUUGCAUGUUAAGCGAGAUUGGAAUGUUAGCGCUGACAGCUUGGCCAGCGCCGCACUACAACGACAAUGUGGGAUCGAGGUCGAGAUCGAAGAGGAGAUCCAGGAUCUAGUGACCUUGAACCGGCUGGAUGAGAUCCUGAUGAAGUAUUUGGUUGGAGAAAUCCGGGAUCUGACACAAGAGGAUGCUAAAGUGUUUGAAUCUAUUGCUAUGAAUUACGAAGUGGAUCAGUCGGAUCUACUCUUCUACUGCCCGACAACUAAGGAGGAAGCUGCAGAUCGAGACAAGCUGAUGCGAUUGGUGAUACCCGAGACACUCCAACAGGCCAUUUUGUAUCACUAUCAUACGAGCUUGCAGGGCAAAGGAGGACCUCGGUUCCAGGGCGAGUCACCUGGUAACCUUCAGGCGACAUACCCAUUCCAGAUCAUUGCCAUGGAUCACAUACCUUCGCUGCCUAGAUCCUUCAAUGGCAACACCGAAUUGUUGAUCUUCGUGGAUCUAUUCUCGGGAUAUGUGACCGCCAAAGCCAGCGCACUAGAUCCGCUCAAACAAUCGCUGAGACCUACGAAGAAUGCGUCUUCCGCAGAUUUGGCGCUAGCGAGGUGA